AUGCUUACGGCCUCGGGAGAGCAGAUCUCUUCCCCGUCCAAGUACAGAGGAACGCAGGGCUGCAGAAUGAAAGGAUCCAUCUUGUGUCUGUGCAUAGGUCAUCAAUCAAAUUUUGACACAAGGAAGCCCCUCAGUGAUGAGCUUUCUGUCAGUGUCACUGCUCCUUCAGUAGACCAGCAGGAUGGAAACACUGGACUUGCCAACGCUGAAACUCUCGUCUAUGAAGGAGUGGAAGGAGGAAACAUCACAGUCGAAUGUAAAUUUUAUUUCCCAGGAAGUAAGACAUUGUUCUGCAAAGACAAAUGUGAAAAAGGAAACGUUCUCAUUGAAACAGCUGAUUACACAGCUCAGAGCGGCAGAUACAGCAUCAAAUUUGUAAAAAAGAAUGUACUGUCAAAGGAUAUUGUGUACGUGAGCAUCACACAGCUGAACAAGUCUGAUUCAGGAUGGUACAGGUGCACACUGGACAGAAGUUUACAACCAUGUGAUUUUCAGCUUGUCAUCACAGGAGCUUCAAACAUUUCAACACCUCAUCAGCCUUUAUCAACAUCAACGUUUCUCCUGUUGACCUCCACAACAACAACAACAACAACACAGCAUUUGAACUUCAGUUCAGGAAGCUUCACAGCUUCAUCAGCCUCCUCUGAAGUCUCCAGACAGCCUCAAACAGCUGCAGGUUCAGAUAAGCUGCUUCAUGUGAUUCUGAUUCUGGUCGCUAUGAUCACCAUCUUAUCAGCAGCUUUGCUCAUUUUCUACAAGAACAGGAAGAAUAAACCAAAAGGACCUCCUAUGAUGACUGAACAUGCUGAUAUCACACAGGCCAACUGGCUUUAUGGAAACAUCACAGGGGAUGAAACUCAGAACAGUGUAACUCCUGUGCGGGUGUUUUCAGUUUAUGACUACCCCGAAGGCUCGCAACCAGAUGGAGUUGAAAACCAAGAGCUCUACAGCCUCGUCACCGCUCCUCAGAACACAGCUAAAGAUGACAUGAAUGAUGCUGAUUACACUGAAGUGGAUUUUCCCCAAAUUCCUUCCUCCAACAGCGCCCCCUGUGGUAAUAUAUGUGACACUGUCUACUGUACACCUGCGAUUUAUGCCAAUCACACCAACGUUGGUUCACCUCCUCUGUACUCUACUGUUGAAAUACAUUAGUUCUAAUGCUGUGGAUGGCACCUCAGUAGUCAGCAGGUGAACAUAAUUAGCCUUGGAUAAUUGCCAUUUUUACGAUAGCUACUCAUUAUUUAGCUUAAAAGAUAACUAAUUCACUUUUUUUCAAACUAUAGUAUUUCCCAAUAAUGUUAUUGUCAUAAUUGAUAGACAAUUACAUAAAAUCAUAAUGAAAUAAACUGCAGCAUCCCGUAAAUGUCUGUUG